AUGGAAGAAGAUUCCAGAAAAUACCUCACCAUCAACACACACAUGGGGUUGUUCCAGUACAAUAGACUAGUGUUCGGCAUCACUUCAGCACCCGCUAUCUGGCAACGCACCAUUGAUCAAGUGCUGGAAGGGACAUCUGGCACAAGCUGUAUACUUGAUGACAUGAUUAUCACUGGAAAGAGUGAUGAAGAACACCUGGCUAACUUAGAAGAAGUCCUUCGACGGCUACAGUUUCAUGGUUUGAGAGCUAACAAAGCCAAAUGUGAGUUUUUCAAGGAGAAGAUAACCUAUUGUGGACAUGAUAUUGACAAGGAUGGCCUUCACAAGUCUACAGCAAAAGUAGAAGCGGUUUUGGAAGCACCACGCCCAAACGACGUAGCUGAAGUAAGAUCAUUUCUCGGGCUAAUCAACUACUACCAUAGGUUCUUACCUAACCUGUCGACAACUGUCCACCCCUUGACUCAACUCUUGGGAAAGGACCACCAAUGGAAGUGGACAGAGCAAUGCGAGGCAGCAUUCCACAAGGUGAAAGAAAUGAUCACUUCAGAGCAAGUUCUAACACAUUAUGAUCCCAGUCUGCCACUUAGACUUGCUUGUGACGCAUCCCCCGUAGGCAUUGGAGCAGUGCUUUCUCACGUAAUUAACGAUGGUACCGAGCGACCUAUAGCUUUUGCUUCAAGGACACUGACAAAAACUGAGCAAAAGUAUGCGCAGAUUGACAAGGAAGCUUUGUCGAUAAUCUGGGGUGUCAAGAAGUUUCACAUGUACCUGUUUGGCCGUCCUUUCACUCUAUACACAGAUCAUCAGCCAUUAACUUCAAUCUUUCAUCCGCGGAAGAGCAUCCCCGUGGUCACCGCAGCACGUCUUCAACGUUAUGCCUUGUUCCUGGCAGGCUAUGACUACUCCAUUCAAUACAAGAACACUAAGGUUCACAGCAAUGCAGAUGGUCUUUCCCGCCUACCACUGUUAACGGAAGCCAAAGAUGAAGAAGUGGUUGACCCAGUGGGUGUAUUUAAUUUGAUGCAGUUUGACCCUUUGCCAGUCACAGUGGACAACGUUAGACGAGAGACACAAAGAGAUCCUGUCUUGGCCCAAGUGCAUGAAAUGACCAGGAAGGGAUGGCCAAACAACCAUGACCCUGUACUCAACCCCUAUUUUGUUCACAAAGAUGAGAUCACGUUACAAUCAGGCUGUUUGAUGUGGGGAAUAAGAGUAAUAAUACCCCCAAAACUACGCCCUCAAGUUCUCAAGGAACUUCAUCAGGGACAUAUGGGAGUCGUGAAGAUGAAGGCCCUGGCCCGAAGCUACACCUGGUGGCCUGGAAUCGAUAAAGAAAUUGAACUGUCUGCUAAGUCCUGCCCAGGUUGCCAACUAGUACAGAGGGAGCCCAGUACAGUGCCAGUGCACCCAUGGGAAUGGCCUUCGUUGCCCUGGCAACGAAUUCAUAUCGAUUUUGCAGGUCCCUUCCUUAACAGCAUGUUUUUAGUGGUAGUGGAUGCACAUUCACGUUGGCUAGAGAUAGAGAAAAUGAACACUACAACCUCAGCGAAAACCAUUGAAACCCUUCAGAAGUUGUUUGCAAGAUAUGGCGUACCAGCCCAGUUAGUGAGUGAUAGUGGGCCUCAGUUGACAUCAGAAGAGUUGCAGCAAUUCCUUAAGAGAAACGGCAUCAGACACAUCCCCUCAGCACCUUAUCACCCUGCCACCAACGGCCUAGCAAGAAGGUGCUAUCCAGAGUUUCAAGAAUGCCACGAAGAGUGA